GCACAGAGAGAUUGGUUUUCUUUCUCUCAGCAUCUCCACCCAACCAGCAGAAAACCGGUCUCUGAGGUUCCACCAAAAUAUGGAACUUGAUUUUGGACAUUUUGAUGAAAGAGAUAAGACAUCCAGGAACAUGCGAGGUUCACGGAUGAAUGGGUUGCCUAGCCCCACUCACAGUGCGCAUUGUAGCUUCUACCGAACCAGAACCUUGCAGGCACUGAGCAAUGAGAAGAAAGCCAAGAAGGUACGUUUCUACCGCAAUGGGGACCGUUACUUCAAGGGGAUUGUGUACGCUGUGUCCUCUGACCGUUUUCGCAGCUUCGAUGCCUUGCUGGCUGACCUAACUCGAUCUCUGUCUGACAAUAUCAACCUGCCUCAGGGAGUGCGUUACAUUUACACCAUUGAUGGAUCCAGGAAAAUCGGAAGCAUGGAUGAACUGGAGGAAGGGGAAAGCUAUGUUUGUUCUUCAGACAACUUCUUUAAAAAGGUGGAGUACACCAAGAAUGUCAAUCCCAAUUGGUCUGUCAAUGUGAAGACAUCUGCCAAUAUGAAAGCCCCCCAGUCCCUGGCUAGCAGCAACAGUGCCCAGGCCAGGGAGAACAAGGACUUUGUGCGCCCCAAGCUGGUGACCAUCAUCCGCAGUGGAGUGAAGCCUCGGAAGGCUGUGCGUGUGCUUCUGAACAAGAAAACAGCCCACUCUUUUGAGCAAGUCCUCACUGACAUCACUGAAGCCAUCAAACUAGAGACCGGGGUUGUCAAAAAACUCUACACCCUGGAUGGAAAACAGGUAACCUGUCUCCAUGAUUUCUUUGGUGAUGACGAUGUAUUUAUUGCCUGUGGUCCUGAAAAAUUUCGUUAUGCUCAGGAUGACUUUUCUCUUGAUGAAAAUGAAUGCCGAGUCAUGAAAGGAAACCCUCCAGCCACAGCAGGCCCCAAGGCAUCUCCAACACCUCAGAAGAGUUUAGCCAAGAGCCCUGGCCCCAUGCGCCGGAGCAAGUCUCCAGCUGACUCAGGUAACGACCAAGAUGCAAAUGGAACCUCCAGCAGCCAGCUCUCUACCCCAAAGUCUAAGCAGUCACCCAUCUCUACGCCCACCAGUCCCGGCAGCCUCCGGAAGCACAAGAUCAGUAUUUGUACUCAUGGCUUUAAAUUUGGAGGCAUUUUGCUUGCAGAGUUGUCUGGAGAUUGA